UUCAGCAGCAACGCUCGAGUGGAGGUCACGUGUUUGCAGACGGACCGGGACCAGAACCAGAACCAGGAGAUGGACCAGAACCAGGACCAGAACCAGGACCAGGACUCCUCAUCCAGCAGGACUAAAGCUGCUGGUCUGCAGAAUCAUAAAGGAAGACCCAAAAGAUACUGCUGUGAUCAUUGCGAGCAAGUCUUCACCACUUCAUCAAACCUGAAGAUCCAUAAGAAAACUCACACUGGUGAUGAACUGUACAGCCGUGAUCACUGCGGGGUGGCUUUUAGCCGACAAUUUAAUCUAAUAAACCACCAACGUAUUCACACUGGAGACAAGCCUUACAGGUGUGAUCAGUGUGGAACGACUUUUGCCCAACAAGGUUCUCUAACGAGACAUCAACGUAUUCACACUGGAGAGAAGCCUUACAGCUGUGAUCAGUGUGGAGCAGCUUUUGCCCAACAAGGUUCUCUAACGAGACAUCAACGUAUUCACACUGGAUUCAAGCCUUACAGCUGUGAUCAGUGUGGAGCGGCUUUUGCCUGGAAAAGUGAUCUUACGAGUCACCAACGUAUUCACACUGGAGAGAAGCCUUACAGCUGUGAUCAGUGUGGAGCGGCUUUUGCCUGGAAAAGUGAUCUUACGAGUCACCAACGUAUUCACACUGGAGAGAAGCCUUACAAGUGUGAUCAGUGUGGAGCGGCUUUUGCCUGGAAAAGUGAUCUUACGAGUCACCAACGUAUUCACACUGGAGAGAAACCUUACAGGUGUGAUCAGUGCGGAACGGCUUUUGCCCGGCAAGGUAAUUUGACGAGACAACGCAUUCACACUGAAGACAAGCCUUACAGGUGUGAUCAGUGUGGAGCGGCUUUUGCCCGGCAAGAUGCUCUAAUGAGUCACCAACGUAUUCACACUGGAGACAAGCCUUACAGAUGUGAUCAGUGUGGAGCGGCUUUUGCCGAGCAAGGUGCGCUAACGAGACAUCAACGUAUUCACACUGGAGACAAGCCUUACAGAUGUGAUCAGUGUGGAGCAGCUUUUACCCAACAAAGUUCUCUAACGAGUCACCAACGUAUUCACACUGGAGACAAGCCUUACAGAUGUGAUCAGUGUGGAAAAGCUUUGAUCCAGAAAAGUUCUCUAACGACUCACCAACGCAUUCACACUGGAGACAAGCCUUACAGCUGUGAUCAGUGUGGAGCGGCUUUUGCCCGGCAAGAUGCUCUAAGGAGACAUCAACGUAUUCACACUAGAGACAAGCCUUACAUCUGUGAUCAGUGUGGAGUCGCUUUUGCCCACCAAAGUUCUCUAACGACUCACCAACGCAUUCACACUGUAGACAAGCCUUACAGAUGUGGUCAGUGUGGAGCGGCUUUUACCCAGCAAGGUCACCUAACGAGUCACCAAAGCAUUCACACUAGAGACAAGCCUUACAGAUGUGGUCAGUGUGGAGCGGCUUUUGCCCGGCAAGCUCAUUUGACGAGACAUCAACACAUUCACACUGGAUUCAAGCCUUACAGGUGGGAUCAGUGUGGAGCGGCUUUUGCCGAGCAAGGUGCGCUAACGAGACACCAACGUAUUCACACUGGAGAAAAAGUGUACAUUUGUUGAUCAUUGCUGAUUUAUUUUAACAUCGGUUAAAUCCUAAUGCAACAGCAGUUCAGUACCAGUGCAGUACACUUGUAAUGUCAGUGCAAUACCGGUUCAGUUCCAAUGCAGUACCUUUUCUGUACUUGUCAGGGUUUGACAUUUCAUGUUGACAUUUCCUGUUUUAUUUGAAAGCCCAUGUCCUUGUGUUUAAAUUCUUGUCUGACCUUCCUGUUUCCAUCUGCCCUGAUCGUCUGCACCUGUGUCUCGUUAACCUUUGUGUAUAUCUGGUCUUGUCUUUCCCCUGCUCCUUGCUGGUCCGUACUGUUUUGCCCUCCAUGUUUUUCCCAUCAGGUUUUGUCAUAGCUUUGGAUUCUUGUUCACAGUUUGGUUUUUGUAUACUGCUUAACAGCGUUUUUGGUUCUGUUUUUAAGUUAAUAAAUCAGUUUUUGGGAACUCCUGCCUCCUGCUCUCCUGCAUCUGGGUCCUUACUACAACCUCCUGACAGUACCAGUGCAACCCCAGUUUUACACCAGUGCAAUACCAACUCAAUUCACUUGUAUUUGUUGACAGGGACUGUACAUAUUAAUAAACACAUGUAAAUAUUCUGGUUGUAGCCAGAGGCUAAUUUCCAUCAUUCGUCCCCGCGGCAAAUUAAUGCCAGACACAGAAUCGGACACCAGCCGACAAAGGAGACGAGAUAUGACAUCCAUACCAACAAAAACACAACAUUAAGAGACACGACUGAGCUAGAUAAAAAUCAUUAAGGAAUAAAACAUGUUACAAUUGAUACCAGCAAUUAAGUGACCGUCAUGUUUAAAGUGCUAAGUGCUUAAGUGCAGGAGUUUGUAAAGUGUUGAUGCAGAU